UCCCGCGCGCACCCGGGAGCGGCGAGGAGCCGUCGGCGCGGCUGCGGGAGCGUGUCCGGUGCUCGGGUCCCCGUGCAGACCCAGAGCCGCUCCAGGCGCAGGGCGGCGGGCGCAGGAUGCGGCCGGGACGCACGGGCGGCGCGCUGCUGCGGCUGGCGCUGGCGCACGGCAUUUUAAACUGUUGUGUGGCAUACAAUGUUGGUCUCCCAGAAGCAAAGGUAUUUUCCGGUCCUUCAAGUGAACAGUUUGGCUAUGCAGUGCAGCAGUUUAUAAAUCCAGAAGGCAACUGGUUACUGGUUGGUUCACCAUGGAGUGGCUUUCCUGAGAACCGAAUGGGAGAUGUAUAUAAAUGUCCUGUUGAUCCAUCCACCACUACAUGUGAAAGACUGAAUUUGCAAACUUCCACGAGCAUUUCCAGUGUUACUGAGAUGAAAACCAACAUGAGCCUUGGCUUGACACUGACAAGGAACGUGGGAACUGGAGGAUUUCUUACCUGUGGUCCCCUGUGGGCACAGCAGUGCGGAAGUCAAUAUUAUACAACCGGGGUUUGCUCUGAUGUCAGUCCCAAUUUUCAGCUCCUGACCAGCUUUUCACCUGCAGUUCAGACCUGCCCUUCCCUCAUAGAUGUUGUGGUUGUAUGUGACGAAUCAAACAGCAUUUAUCCCUGGGAUGCAGUAAAGAACUUUUUGGAAAAAUUUGUACAAGGCCUGGAUAUAGGCCCCGCCAAGACACAGGUGGGGUUAAUUCAAUAUGCCAAUAAUCCAAGAGUUGUGUUUAACCUGAACACUUUUAAAACCAAAGACGAAAUGAUGAAAGCUACAGCGCAGACAUCCCAAUAUGGUGGAGACCUCACAAAUACAUUCAAAGCAAUUCAAUAUGCAAGAGACUCCGCUUAUUCAGCAGCUGCUGGUGGACGGCCAGGUGCUACCAAAGUCAUGGUGGUUGUAACUGACGGUGAAUCCCAUGAUGGGUCAAUGUUGAAAGCCGUGAUUGAUCAAUGUAACAAUGACAAUAUACUGAGGUUUGGCAUAGCAGUUCUUGGGUACUUAAACAGAAACGCCCUUGAUACUAAAAAUUUAAUAAAAGAAAUUAAAGCAAUUGCCAGUAUUCCAACAGAAAGAUACUUUUUCAAUGUCUCUGAUGAAGCAGCUCUACUAGAAAAGGCUGGGACAUUAGGAGAACAAAUUUUCAGCAUUGAAGGUACUGUCCAAGGAGGAGACAGCUUCCAGAUGGAAAUGUCACAAGUGGGAUUCAGCGCAGAUUACUCUCCUCACAAUGAUAUUCUGAUGCUGGGUGCAGUCGGAGCUUAUGACUGGAGUGGGACUGUUGUCCAGCACACACCUCAUGGACAUUUGAUCUUUCCUAAACAAGCCUUUGACCAGAUCCUGCAAGACAGGAACCACAGUUCAUAUUUAGGUUACUCUGUGGCUUCAAUUUCUACCGGAAAAAGUGUCCACUUUGUUGCCGGUGCUCCCCGGGCAAAUUAUACCGGCCAGAUCGUGCUGUACGGUGUUGAUGAGAACGGCAACGUCACAGUUAUUCAGUCUCACCGAGGUGACCAGAUUGGCUCCUAUUUUGGUAGCGUGCUGUGUGCCGUCGAUGUGGAUAAAGACUCCAUUACAGACGUGCUCUUGGUAGGUGCGCCAAUGUACAUGAAUGACCUAAAGAAAGAGGAGGGACGAGUCUACCUGUUUACUAUCACAAAGGGCGUUCUGAAUUGGCACCAAUUUCUGGAAGGCCCCGAGGGUGUUGAAAAUGCUCGGUUUGGUUCAGCGAUUGCAGCUCUUUCAGACAUCAACAUGGAUGGCUUUAAUGACGUGAUCGUUGGUUCGCCUUUGGAAAAUCAGAACUCUGGAGCUGUGUACAUCUACAAUGGCCAUGAGGGCACCAUUCGUGUGAAGUAUUCCCAGAAAAUCUUGGGAUCUGAUGGAGCCUUUAGGAGCCACCUCCAGUACUUUGGGAGAUCCCUGGAUGGCUUUGGAGAUUUAAAUGGGGAUUCCAUCACUGAUGUGUCCGUUGGUGCCUUUGGACAGGUCAUUCAGCUCUGGUCACAGAGUAUUGCUGAUGUAUCUGUAGAUGCUUCAUUCACACCAGAAAAAAUCACUUUGCUCAACAAGAAUGCUGAGAUAAACCUUAAACUCUGUUUCAGUGCUAAGUUUAGACCUACUAAGCGAACCAAUCAAGUGGCCAUUGUGUAUAACAUCACAAUUGAUGUAGACCAAUAUUCAUCCAGAGUAACCUCCAGGGGAUUAUUUAAAGAAAAUAAUGAAAGGUGCUUGCAGAAGACCAUGGUAGUAAAUCAAGCACAGAGUUGCGCUGAAUAUAUUAUCCACAUACAGAAGCCCUCUGAUGUUGUCAGCUCUCUGGAUCUGUGUGUGAACAUCAGUCUGGAAAACCCUGGCACUAGCCCUGCCCUUGAAGCCUACUCUGAGACAGUCAAGGUCUUCAGUAUCCCUUUCUAUAAAGAUUGUGGUGAUGAUGGAGUUUGCACCUCAGAUCUAGUCCUAGAUGUUCAACAGCUGCCAGCCGCUCAACAACAGCCCUUCAUUGUCAGCAACCAAAACAAAAGGUUAACAUUUUCAGUAACACUGAAAAACAAAAAGGAAAGUGCAUACAACACUGGGAUUGUUGUUGAAUUUUCAGAAAAUCUGUUUUUUGCUUCCUGGUCCAUGCCGGUUGAUGGGACAGAAGUGACAUGCCAGAUUGCUUCAUCUCAGAAGUCUGUGACCUGCGAUGUGGGCUACCCUGCUUUAAAGAGGGAACAACAGGUGACGUUUACUAUUAACUUCGACUUCAAUCUUCAAAACCUUCAGAAUCAGGCAUCUGUCAGUUUCCAAGCCUCAAGCGAAAGCUUCGAGGAAAACAAGGCAGAUAAUUCAGUCAACUUCAAACUGCCUCUGCUGUAUGAUGCUGAAAUUCACAUAACGAGAUCUACCAACAUAAAUUUUUAUGAAGUCUCCUCGGAUGGGAAUAUUCCUUCUGUCAUGAACAGUUUCGAAGAUAUUGGUCCAAAAUUCACCUUCUCCAUUAAGGUAACCACAGGAAGUGUUCCAGUAAGCAUGGCGUCCGUAAUCAUCCACAUCCCUCAAUACACCAAAGGCAAGAACCCGCUGAUGUACCUGACUGGGGUGCACACAGGCCAGGCUGGUGACAUCAGUUGCAAAGCUGAAAUAAAUCCACUGAAAAUAGGACAAACAUCUUCUUCUGUAUCUUUCAAGAGUGAAAAUUUCCGGCCCGUAAAAGAGUUGAAUUGCAAAACUACUUCAUGUAGUAAUGUCACCUGCUGGCUGAAAGACCUUCAGGUCAGAGGAGAAUACUUCCUUAAUGUGUCUACCAGAAUCUGGAACGGGACUUUUGCGGCAGCAACUUUCCAGACAGUACAGCUGACAGCAGCUGCAGAAAUCGACACCUAUAACCCUCAGGUAUAUGUGAUCGAAGAGAACACCAUCACGAUUCCCAUUACGAUAAUGAAGCCCCACGAGAAAGCUGAAGUACCAACCGGGGUUGUAGUGGGAAGUGUCAUCGCUGGAAUCCUUUUGCUAUUAGCUCUGGUUGCAGUUUUAUGGAAGCUUGGAUUCUUCAAAAGAAAAUACGAAAAAAUGACCAAAAACCCGGAUGAAACUGAUGAGACCACAGAACUCAACAGCUGAACCGCCCGCGGCUCCCACUGCAGUGGGAAGCGGCUGCAUCACAGGCAGGGUUUACUGCUCGCGUGAACGGAUCUUUUAAAAAUCCCAGUGUCACUUAAUAAUAUUAUAGCUAAACUAGAACUGCAGGUCAGUUUGGAAAGAAAUUGUGAGGGGUUUGGGAGGGCAGGGGUAUAAAGGGUAAGACUAUUUUAUAUGGGGGGAAAGUGAUCGUCACACUGGCUGGUCCAGCGUUUACAUGCAAUGUUUCCAAACAGAAGUCUUAAAGAAAAAUAUAACCUUUCUCAGAUUUUUUGGGGGGAAAGCCCAGUCAUUUACAAUGAUUGUUCCUAAACAACAACAAAAGUGAAAGUAUUUGGUAUAGAUAUAGAAUUGGAUAUAUUGAUGCUCAUGGAAAAAAAAAACACAGGCCUUCAAGGUAUGCUGCUCGUCCAAAGUGGCCACAGAGGGUAUUUUCAGUGAUAAUUUUGUUUACACACUAGGUAAAAUUUGCUGUUGUCAGCCCACAGCUGCUUCCUCAGAGUUCCUUUUUUACCAGGUACUUAUCAAAACAUGCCUGAUGACUGGUAGGAGCCUCCUGCAGAGGAAAUCUCCAUUUCAGUGGGGGAGGGUUAGGGGCCUAAAUGACUUAGAGGCCAAAGCACAAACUUUUGUUCAAAAUCUGUAACAUCAUUUAUGAUAAAAUCUUGUCUGCUGGAGGCCCCGCCUGGAAGGAGGAGAACAUUUUUCUCCUUUAGGAUGCAUAACUGGCUGACCUGACUGGCUGGCAGGGACCUUGUGAAUUUUUGAAAGAUGAGUAAUUUCUUUGGAAUCCUUCCUUCUUCCACAAUGAACCUCUCCCACCUCCUGCUGCCUGCCUUCCUCCUCAGGAAUCCAGAGUUUUCCACCCUCCUGUAACCCCGUGUCCAAAUCUCCUGCUCCCUGGGCAGCGGCUCUUCUUCAGGCAUGAGAAGGAAGUCAUCUGUUUCACUUCCACACCUGUGUGAAUUACUGUAUAAUCCCCUUAACUUCAGGGAGCUAUUUUCAUUUGUUGCUAAACAUGCAAGAAAAGCCCAAGUGAAAUGUCUAAUUGUUGAGAUUUCAGGCAGGGUAAACAAGGUAAAGUAUAAACAUCUCAGGAAUUUGCAAGACGAGGAGACAUUAGAAACCACCAGGUCAGCAUGUGCACCUGCUGUGCUUGCCUGUUUCUGGAAGACUUACACUUCCAGACGGACUUGCCCCCGGGAGUCUGCUCACCAGGCAGUCUCGGGCCAGUUCCUGAGAGUCUUUAGUCACCAGAUUGGGAUGAAGCCUGGUGACCUGUAUUUUACAAGCAUCCUGGCCCUUAUGAUGUAAAUGGGCCACCGUGAGGACCACCACCCAUUUCUCCUUCUGCACCUUCUGCCCUCUACUUCUGAGCCCACACAUCCUCUAGGAGGGACUGGCAGAAAAAGGGCAGAGGCAAAGGCAGUGGGGACUAUUUUACGUCAGAAAGUACAUAGCUAAAGUUUCAGACAAGUCACUCAGCCUCUGUAAACUUCAGUGUCCCUGUUCUAAAAUGGGGAGACUGUGGUGGAGCUCAGCAGCGACGCUUUUAACUUUAAAAACCUACUUUAUCUGGGUUUCUUAUAACACAAAUAGACAAUCCUCCAAGAAUCUGACAAUGAAAAGAAGUCAGAGGAAAACAGGUAUCUGCCCACGUGUGCCUGUGAUGGCAGUGCAGCACUGUCUGCACAGUUACACGAUUUAUUUUGCAUCUGACAAAACAAAGGUGAAAGAAAACCCAAACGAUUAGAAAUAAAACAUCAGGGGUUUAUAGCAAACACAGCAUGGUAUUCUCUAGAAUACCAUGUGCUAGAGCCUAAUUCUUAUAACAGCUGGAUUCAAACUGUUUCAUUCCAAGAAAAACUGUUUUUAAGAGAGAGUGGAGGAGAAACUGGUCAUUAAACUGAUGAAGACUGAUGAAUAAACUGGGUAACUGCUGCACAUACUUACUAGUUUUCCAGUGUGACAUACUGAGAAUUAUAGCAUGCCAUCCUUUUAUUUCACUCUGCCUCACCUUCCUAGGGAAACACCACUCUGAGGUCACAAACCCACGCGAGCUUGCGAGCUCUGGCGAGCCUUGCCUUGGAUGAGCCACCCUGAUGGCGCUGCUGGCAUGAAGGAGUUGGGUUACUAUAAACUGAAAAAUCAGCCACUUGUCUGCACCAUGUCUCACGCUGGGGCAGGGCCUCUCAGCCUUGGCACUACUGACGUGGGGCCAGGCAGCUCUUUCUUUGUGGGGCCUGCCCCGUGCACUGUAGGAUGCUCAGCAGUAUCGUGGCCUCUAUCUACGGCCUCUCUACCUACCAAUGCCAGACGCUCCCUCUCCCAGUAACUGUGGUGAUCAAAAAAGGUCUCCAGACAUUGGCUAAUGCCUCCUGAAAGGCAAAAAUCACCCCAACUGAGAACCACUGCACUCAGAGCAAGUGGCCUGAAUACACAACUUCUGUUACCAGAUCACAAAUUUGAGGCAGAGGCUCUAGUGAGAAGUAUUUCUCAAGCACUUUUAAGCAAAGUUUGAGUAUUCAUCCAAGAAAUUAAAAAAAAGAAAAAAAAAAAAAAAAGCUCUGUAUUCCUAUUCAGCCAUACUUUUGUUUUAAAAGUAAGCAGAAUAUGAGGCUUAAAAAAUGUCAUCUUAAAGUUUCCAUUUCAUAAAUGGUGUAUAGACAAUAUGUAUAGAAUGUGACGAGAACUGAGUUGCUUCGUGCAUGGCUGCCACACACGCCUUACAAAACAGUAAAGUAAAAGCCUGUGAAGAAAUUGCAUUGAGAUUUGAAUUUGUGCGUUGUUCACUUUAGCAGUGAAAUGAGAACUGGACAGAUUCCUAGCUGGCUGUGUUAUUUUUAUAAAAUAGUAAAAGUUAUUAACUGUGAAAAGAAAACUAAAACCAAUUUAUCAUAAUCACGCAAGUGAUUAUACUAAAAGUAAUUACAGAAGCUAUAAUUUUAUAAUGUAUCUAUUCUGACAUACAGCUGUAACUUAAUAUAUGGCAAUCUUGUAAAUUAAGACAUCAUUAAACAGAAAGCAUUAAAUAGGAUUCCUCAAACUGAGCUCCCUGGUCCAUCUUUAAUAUAAUUUGCACACAGAAAAUAAUUAUAUACACAACUUUUAGGACUAUGCCCUCAUUUUAAUCCAUUCAGAAGACUAGACAUCUAGAGGUCAAAGGUAUACUGGGGUAAAGUUUGAAAGGAAAAUGGUAACUAUUUCUUUCGACCUUAAAGCAUGAAAAAUGUAGCCAUUAUGUAAAUAUAAAAAAGUGGUUUCCUGAGUUAUUUUGGCAGAUAAAGUCAGAAUAUAAAUGUAUAUAUUGCACAACUAUGUUAAAUUGUAUAUUUUUUUAAAGACAAACUGUCGUCGAUAGUUUCCUUCACACAAUGUAUAAAUCUUCGUUAAGUACAUUUGCUUUUUUGAUAAACUGGUUUUUGUCUUUUUUCUCUCCAUCAAAAAAUGUAAAAAUGAAUACGCAUGUUUGUAUAUGAAGGUUCACAAUUCAUUUGAUUUCUAAGAAACAAAAUCAAACUGCAGCAGUAAUCAACAUAAAUUAGUUAAGAGCUUUGCCCCUAUUAAAGUAUGACAAUCAAAACAGAAAAGUAUUAUUUAAUUGUAAACCACUCUUUACAUACCACAUGACUAUCAUUAAAAUCGUUUUGAAAAUAAAGCUAUUUACUUUGGAA